AUGGAGGAGUCUCUGCGAAUUCAAAGAGAGGAGGACGUUCCUUCUGCCAUAGACUUCACCGCUCGAAUUGAAUCCAGGAAUAUUCCGGCAGUUAUCAAUGGCUGCGUCAAAGACUGGGAAGCUGUAUCGAAGUGGAAUCCAACGAACGGCGGCCUGGAUUAUUUGCAGGAACGAGUCGGAUUGUGUGUUGUGGAGGCUAUGCUGUCUAGCUUCGCACCUGUUUUCUACGGAGAUCUUAGAAGUCAUGAGAGGGUACCGCUGCCUUUUUCUGCCUUCAUUCGUUUAUGUAAACAACGGAUGCAUCAUGCAGAGGAUGGUUCUGGUGCUUGUGUUGAAUCAGAACGGACUGGGCUGCUAGGGCCUGAAUCUGAGCAUGACUGUAAGCCCUAUGAGGAUGCUCCUCAACAAAUCUAUUUAGCACAGGUACCGAUAAUCAGUACUGAAAAUGAAGAGAGGGCUCAGUUGGGAACUUUGAGGGAAGAUAUUCAAAUGCCUUCAUUUUUGGAGGAUAAAUCACUAAUUUCCGUCAACCUCUGGAUGAACAAUGCUCAAGCUAGAUCAAGCACUCACUAUGAUCCACACCAUAACCUUCUCUGUGUAGUUUCUGGCUGCAAACAAGUGGUUUUAUGGCCUCCUUCUGCAACUCCUGUGUUAUACCCUAUGCCAAUAUAUGGGGAGGCAUCAAAUCAUAGUUCUGUUCCUUUAGAGAACUUUGACUUUUCAAAUUACCCAAGAGCAGAAUGUUCAAGGGAGUACUCGCAAAAGGUUAUUCUUCAUGCAGGGGAUGCACUAUUUAUUCCUGAAGGCUGGUUCCACCAGGUAGACAGUGAUAAGCUGACAAUUGCUGUUAACUUUUGGUGGCAAUCAAAGAUCAUGUCAUGCAUGACAGAACACAUGGAUGCAUAUUAUUUGCGCAUACUGUUAAGAAGAAUGACAAUUCGAGAAAUGAACCAAGUGCUGCCUAAAGGUUCUUCAGAGGAAAUGGCGAACACAACGAGGCAUGUGCUUAAUAACGGGCAAGUAGAUCACAAUGACAAAGGUUUGGAUCAGGCAAGUGAGAAGGAGGAUCUUGAAGGAAAGGAGCUUAAGCAAGAAAUUACCUUGCACGAACUGGAACCAGUUGCCGUCCAUGCUCUUCGUGAACUCAUUUCUCUAGUUCACAGUCACGUCAAUCCUGCAGAGCAAAGACAACCGGAGCAAUCCACUUCAACAACUGAUUCUGCAAUCAGUGUCAAGGACAAGGGUAACAAAGUUAUGAGAUCGGAUGCAUUUAGGUUGGAAGAUGACCCUGUGGCUAACAUUAUUUGGACUCUUCCGCCGUGCACUCUUCAACGUGUACUUCUUGCCAUGGUGAAAAAUUUCCCAAGAACUUUGGAGGCUCUAAUACUGCACAUGCUUACACCGGUGGGAGCAGAAGUUCUUACACGUAAAUUUGAAGAAAUGGAUGAACUGAACACCAAGGAAGAUCGCAACAGAUUCUACCAGGUUUUCUAUGAAUCAUUCAAUGACCAGUUUGCUGCAAUGGAUGCAAUUCUGAAUGGAAAGGAAUUAUUUGCCCUCCAGGCAUACAAGAAUGUGUUAGAUAAGAACAUAGGAGUAGAUUGGGGUGGGCCAAAAUCCGAUGGCAAAAAAUCCUUACUGAAAAGAUGCACCCACCCUUUUGUUUUUCUUCGAAAAUGUUGGGUUUCAUGAACUGAAGGGAGGGGGUCAAUUAAAGUAAAUAUUAGUCAAGGACCACAAGCGUGCUGGGAGCAAACGGACCAUUGUAAAGUACUGAGAAGAACAGAGAAGCUAGGUGAAGACUGAAGUUGCUAUGUAUGCAACUAAAAUAUGUGCCCACUUAAACAUAUUACUGUAGUUCGAAUUGUUCUUCAUACAAACUGUUAUGAAAUUACUCUUAGUCG